UUAGAAAAUCAUGUGCUCGCCGGAAAAGCUCAAAGCUGUCAGUAAGGGCGCGCUCGGAGCCGCGGUCACACGCGCCGGGAGUUUCCACGCUUUUCAGGCAGAGCUUUUUAUACUUCGAUGAACAAUAACAGGGUGCGAGAUAUUUGAUCUCUAUCAAACGUGACAUAAGCUUAUAAAGAGUCAGAAUAGUGAAGUUUGUAACACACUGCGUUAAUGGAUCAUGUUUUUCUGAUAUUUGGAAUGAUUAAAAUAAGUAGAAGCGGUGGCGGUGGCGGGUGGCGGGCGGCGGCGGCGGCGCGGCAGCGGAGCGCGGUGGCGAGAUGAGCGCGCCACGCUCCGCGGCCGAGGCGCUCUCCUGCCUGCUGUGGCAGCCCUACGACUGCCGCUCGCCGCCCCUCGCGCGCUCGUGCACCGAUGGAGCCCUCGCCGUGUACCUCGUGUCCGCGGGGGACGAGGCGCGCGCGCGCCAGUCGCCGAGCGGCGGUCGUCAUGCGUGCGCGUCGUACCGCGCGAUCACUCCCCGCCACGAGAUGCGGUUGCCCGUGCCGGCGCCCGCUCCGCUGCGCAAGUCGGACUCGGUCUCGGUGCGAGUCCCGGGCGAGCCGAGUCGCUCCAAUGUGUGCAAUGUGAACAUAGUGCAGGUGCAAGAUGCGCCCGGUCCCAUCGUGAACAGUGCGGUGCAGACGGAGAGAGAGAGGAGUGUAGCGAGUGCCGAGUGCCAGACGGAGGAGCCGGCGCGGCGGCGGCGAGCGCGGCGGGUGCGCGCGCCGCGGCCGCCCGGCCUGCUGGAGAGCGUGCCGCCGCCGCCGUACAGCACGCUGCCGCCGCCCGUGCCCGUGCCCGUGCCCGUGCCGGUGCCCGUGGCCGUGCCGCCGCCGGCGCCCAUCGUCUCCCCGCAUCCACCAGCGCAUCGGUUCCCUUUCCAACCUAUUCCUCUCAGAUCAGGAAGAGGUGCAGCGUAUGCAUGUUCAGAAGGGGAAGGCAACGCUCCCAAGUCAUGUUGUGGCCGGCCUCCGCUAAGGCUGUGUGUUCUAUUCCUGGGCGUCGUGGGCGCCUGCCUGGUGGCUGCAGGGGCCGUGUUAGGAGCCCUGAGGCCGCACCCUCGAGCACCCCUCACAUUACUGCUACUUAUGAUAGGCAUAGGUGUGGUGCUAGUAACCGCAGCAGGCUUAGCAUGGCGACUAGGCGCUCGCGACGCUCCCUGCGCCUUGCUAGGGCUGCGACGCGCGUCGUGUCGGCGGCUCGUGCCCCGACUGCCGCCCAGCUACGCGCGCCCGCACCACCCCUACGCAGCCAUGCUGUACCCGGAGUUCCAUUAUAGGCCUCCGCCACCCACCUACCAAGCUUCUAUGCAAGAAUAUAGACUCAGGUUACUUCUCCUCGACAGAAGUGCGCCCGCGGUGUCGCCGCCUCCUACUUACAGAUCCAAUUCAGCAAGUCUAGUCAGAGGAUCCACGGGAGCAGCGUGGUGCGGCUCCGAGUACAGCGGCCCGCCAUCCUACCGAGCGCCCCGCGUCGACCCGCCUGUAACCGUCACCGACACGCUGCCAACUCUAACGUCCCUAGAACUCAAAUACAACGACGACACGAUAGAGCACCUCCCCAAACCCACAGAACAAGAAAAAGACCCUGACGAACACCUCGUCACAAUAGUUCACACAGAGGCUCAGCCAGUGAUUGUUACAGUGUCUGGUUCAACAGCGCUUAACGAUUCUCAUAUACAACCGCCUUCCGAAAUCGACAUAUUGGCACAUUUAUAACAAACCAGUGGACUUCUAAGUGUAGAAGACAUGAGGAUUGUAUCUAUGAGUGGUUUGUACAGUGAUAUUUUGAGUGCUAUUGGUGAGAAGUGAAGUUUGGUGCCCAUUAUUAGGUAUAUGGAAUAUAAGUGAUCAUAACACAAUAUAGAUGCUAAAAAGGUAGUUGUAUGCAAACAUAUAAAUGUAUUAUUAUAACAGUGAUUUGUUUAGUACAUUUGUAUAUUUGUAUACCACAUUUGUUUGACAAUUGAAGUGGAUUAAGUACCUUAUUAUCAUAUAAAUAAGUUUUAUGAAAUGUAAAUAAAAAGCACUGACGUAUAUUGAUUUGCUUGAAUAAGUUAAAAGCGUGCCGUGUAUAAAGGUUACAAAAGAACCUUAUGUUAAACCAAAACCUUCACCGUAAUGUACAACAUAUUAAAAUGUUAAUUAUUUAGUGCCAAUGGUUGUUUUACGUAUAAUUUUUAAGCUUCUGAUUGAGGGAACUAUUUUCCUUAUAUUUAAUUUUGGUAACACUUCUUUCAUUCAAGAAUAUUUUAAGCUACCUAACUCUAUUUUAUUUAUAAUUUAUUAAAGCUUAUAAUGUAUUUAAAAAUAAAUUAUCAGGAUUCAUGAAACCUCCUUCACUAUUUCUAUAUUUUGUAAGAUUGAUUAGUGUUUUUUUUUUAAUAAUUUUGAUUCCUCCGUAGCAGAAGCUGAAUCUUUCAUACGAAUUUCGUUUUCAGAAGCAUACCUAGUUAUUACUAAUUGUAUAGGUACUUGUUAAUAAUUAACUGCUCGAUUUAAAUCGUAUAAUAUUGUUGUGACGAAACAGAUUAUAUGCCUCUUUAUUUAUUACUAGUUCUUUAUGAAAUAGUAUUCAAAUUGAUAUAGCUUUAAGGCAAUGGAUUCUAUAAGUAUAAUUUUGUAAAUACGGAUGGAUACCUUUUAUGAAUUAUGGAUGAAGACAAAAAACCAAUGUAUCGGUAAUAUAAUCAAUUUCUCUUUGUUUCUUACGGCUGUCACGUAUAGUAUUAUUAGGUUUAGGUAUCAUGUAUAAAAUGAAAAAUAAUGAUAACAUUUUCUUUCAAUGACUAGAUAAUUGUUGUGAUACAAUCUCUUCUUCUGAUCGCUGAAUUGGUGAAUCGCUUCAUAGAUUCACUCUAGGGGUAGGAUAGGCAGGUAGGUACCUACCUACAGAUUUGUUUCUGGGUCAUCAAAACUUAUCAAGAAUUUUCAAAAACUAGGUACUUACCAUUAUUGCUGUUUUCACAUAAACUGUUUUUUUUUGUUCAAAUACAAGGCCCUACCUAUUUGUACAUAUACUGUUGAGUAUUUUUUACGAUGAACCAACUGCGAAUUGGAUCAUUUACGAAUUGCAUGAGUUAACUAUGCUAUAUAAAACUUAGAAAUUUAAAACCGUUCUUAGUAUGAGACAAAUGAACAAAAUAUAAAUUUUGUUAUCCUAAAGGAAAACAUUUAUUGGCUUAAUUUAAAUAAAUAUAUGGAUACGUGACUCAAGCCGCCUUCAUAAAUAAAUUAACCAUUUACUUCAGUGCAGAUUAUACCUAAGUCUAAGUUGUAUGUAUCAUACCUGCUGUUACUAU